UGCAAGAGACUCGUUCGGUAAUCAUGAGAGUAUUGGCUGUGAUAGCGAUCGUGUUUUGCGCUUUGGGCGCCAAGCCGCUCGAAACAGAAAGUGCGAAGAUUUUGGCUACACUGCCGUUUCCGGGUCGAUCUCAGUACAUUUUUGUGGAGACCUACUUGAAAGCCCUGGCAGCUAGGGGUCACCAGGUGACUGUUAUUAAUACCUUUAAGAACAAGGAGACGCCAAACAUGCGCUUCAUUGAGGCCCUCAAAGCGCAUGACUACGCAGAAGAGAUGAUGAAUUUGCUAAAUGUGCCACUAUUGUGGCAGCAGCUCAAUGCCAUGGAUUACAUAUUGGACAAAUUCAUCGAGACUACACUGGAAGACGAGGGUGUGAAGAAGCUGAUAAAUUCUGGGGAAACUUUUGAUCUGGUGCUGGCGGAGAUGGUCCAAAUGGAACCGCUGUACGGUUUGGCUCAGCAUUUCAAUGCCACCUUGGUAGGAUUCUCCAGCUAUGGAACUGAUAGGAGAAUUGAUGAGGCUGCUGGAAAUAUAUCACCCAUAUCAUAUAACCCCUUAGUGACAUCUCCGCGAACCGAUCGGAUGACCUUUCUGGAGCGCUUGGAAAACCACCAUGAUGUUAUUGUGGAGGACAUUCAUCGGCACGUAGUUCACCUGCCACAUAUGAGGAAGGUAUACAAAAAGUAUUUCCCGAACGCAAAGAAAACCAUGGAGGAAGUUAUGGACAGUUUUACGUUGAUUCUGCUGGGUCAGCACUUUUCCUUGAGCUAUCCGCGACCCUAUUUGCCCAACAUGAUUGAGGUUGGAGGAAUGCAAAUCUCGCACACACCGAAACCGCUGCCAGAAGACAUUAAACAGUUUAUUGAGGGUUCGCCACAUGGUGUUAUAUACUUCUCCAUGGGCUCCAAUGUGAAGAGCAAGGAUCUGCCAAAGGAAACUCGAGAUACGCUGCUGAAAACCUUUGCCAAAUUGAAGCAGCGAGUGCUGUGGAAAUUCGAAGAUGACGAAAUGCCCGGAAAGCCAGCAAAUGUGCUGAUCAAGAAAUGGUUUCCCCAGCCGGAUAUUCUGGCCCAUCCGAAUGUGAAGUUGUUCAUCAGUCACGGUGGUCUGCUGAGCAGCACCGAAAGCGUUUACUUUGGCAAACCCAUACUGGGAUUGCCGUGCUUCUAUGAUCAGCACAUGAAUGUGCAGCGUGCCCAGCGAAUGGGAUUCGGAUUGGGCUUGGAUCUGAACAACCUGAAGCAAGAGGAUCUGGAAAAGACCAUCCAAACACUGCUCACUGAUCCAAGUUAUGCCAAAGCAUCCUCAGCCAUUUCCGAGCGGUAUCGUGAUCAACCGCAAUCAGCUGUCGAUCGAGCUGUCUGGUGGACGGAAUAUGUAAUCAGGCACAAUGGUGCUCCCCACCUGCGAGCAACUUCCCGGGAUCUCAACAUCAUUCAACUCCACAGCUUGGACACUUUGGCUGUGAUUGUGGCAGUACCUCUACUAGUCGCCCUGAUAAUCCUAAAGUUAUCUUGCAAAUUAAUGGGGGGCAAGAAACAAAAGUGCCCACAUGCUGAUAAGCCCAAGAAGCAUUAGAGGGUAUUUGUUGUUUAUAGUUUUUAAAACAGGGCUAUCUUAUAAGUCUUAUCUUAUGAAAUUAUAUUUUUUAUUGCCAAAUGUUGGUUGUCAUUCCAAGGGACUGACGUUUCUAAAACUUGUUACAGGGGAACACCAUUGCCGGCCGGCAUUUUUUUUCAUCAAUCUAUCAAGUGCUAUCAGUUGACCAGCUGUGGGAAUGUUUUUGUUUGAGUUUGCUGUUGAUAACGCUCGGUUAAAAAACAGGUUUUAGCUUACAUAGUGGAAAUAAUUAACUUAUCAAUUUGUAUAUAAGUUGAAAUGACGACCAAAUAGUUGCAAUUUAAAUACUUCCCAUAAUUACUAGCUUUGUCCCAGCAAAAAUACCAAGCAAUCUUAUUUUUCUGUACUUUUCAUUCAAAACACAAACGUUAUAUUUGUUUACAUUCUAGGCAUGCAUGCCAAUAGAAUUAUUAUUGUUAUGCAUAUAAAUUACAUCGUCUUAAUUGCAAUGAGAUUGUAUCAGAGCGUGGCCUUGAGCAAUUUCAUAUUAAUAAAGUCAGCUUGCACAUCGUCCAACACGACGUAUGAGUGAUAUUUAUUAA